GGGGCGGAGCAAUCUAGCUGCGUAACAGGCUGCGCAAAGGCCUCCGGGAAGCCGGAAGUGAAGCUCGCCGCCAGUUUCUCCCCUCCUCCACGUCCAAAGCUUUCUCUGACUGCUCUCAGUAGCCGAUUGCGGGACUCCCUCCAGACCGCGCCUGCAGCCUCGAGACGAGGCCGGGAAAGCUGGAGGAGCUUCAGGGGGGACUCACUGGGGCUGCUUUGCUGCCUCCACAGGGAGCCUGGAGUGCCCGGGAUGGCCUUGGAGAGGGACAGACUCGCAGCCCAGGAAGCUGUGAUGUUCCAGGAUGUGGCCGUGGACUUCACGCGUGAGGAGUGGCACCUCCUGUCCCCUCCCCAGAAGGAGCUGUACAAGGAGGUGAUGCUGGAGAAUGCCCGGAACCUGCUCUCUAUGGGGCUUCCAGCUCCCCCACAAGAAGUGAUCUCUUAUUUGGAGCAGAGGGAAGUCCAGUGCAUGCUGAAGCCAGAAGGCCUACAGAGCUGCUGCCCAGAAGGAGAGAUUAGACCUGAAAUGAAGGCAAAUUCAACAGAGGGUAGCUAUCCUGUGGAAGAAAUGGACUUACAAAGAUUCAUGCAUAAACGUCCUGAUAACUUUGCUUCUAGGGAAUUCUGUGUUGCCCGUCAAAAUUCAUCUCAUAUUGAACAUCAAAGAAUGCAACCUGAGGAAAAAUCUAGUGAAAAUAAUCAGUGUAGAAAGAAUUUUAUACACAGAUCCAGUGUUGUUGGACAUGACAGAAUCCAUACUAGCAAGGAAUCUUAUGAUUGCAAACAAUAUGGAAAUACAUUCAGUGAGAGCUCCAAUUUUGCUAUACAUCAGAGAAUGCACACAGGGGAGACACCUUAUGAAUGUAAGCAAUGUGGAAAGACAUUCACUCAGAAGUCCUGUCUUGCUGUACAUCAGAGGAUACACAAUGGGGAGAAACUUUAUGAAUGCCAGCAGUGUGGAAAGACAUUCACUCGCACCUCCAGUCUUGCUAUACAUCAGAGAAUCCAUACUGGGGAGAAACCUUAUGAAUGCAAGGAAUGUGGGAAGACAUUCAAACAGAAGUUCCAUCUUGUUCAGCAUCAGAGAUUGCACACUGGGGAGAAACCUUAUGAAUGCAAGCAAUGUGGUAAGACUUUCAAUCAGAGAUCCCAUCUUGCUGUACAUCAGAGGAUGCACACUUCGGAGAAACCUUAUGAAUGCAAGCAAUGUGGAAAGACUUUUAAGCAGAUGUCCCAUGUUGCAGUACAUCAGAGAAUGCACACUGGGGAGAAACCUUAUGAAUGCAUGGAAUGCGGAAAGACAUUCAAUAGGAGCUCCCAUCUUGCUGUACAUCAGAGAAUACAUACUGGGGAGAAACCUUAUGAAUGCAAGCAAUGUGGAAAGACAUUCAAGGUGAGGUCCCAUCUUGUUGUACAUCAGAGAAUGCAUACUGGGGAGAAACCUUAUGAAUGCGAGCAGUGUCAAAAGAUAUUUACUUCCGCCUUCAGUCUUGCUACACACCUGAGAAUCCACAGUGGGGAGAAACCUUUUGAAUGCAAGCAGUGUGGAAGGACUUUCACCUGUAAUUCCAAUCUUUCUAGACAUCAGAGAAUACACACUGGGGAGAAACCUUAUGAAUGCAAAGAGUGUGGAAAGACAUUCACUUGCACCUCCAGUCUUAUUGUACAUCAGAGAAUGCACACUGGGGAGAAACCUUAUGAAUGCAAUCAGUGUGGAAAGACAUUCACUCGCAUCUCCAGUCUUUCUGUACAUCAGAGAGUGCACACUGGGGAGAGGCCUUAUGAAUGCAAUCAGUGUGGAAAGACAUUCAAUCAGAUGUCUCAUCUUGCUGUACAUCAGAGAAUACACACUGGGGAGAGGCCUUAUGAAUGCAAGCAAUGUGGAAAAACAUUCAAUCAGAGGUCCCAUCUUGUUGUACAUCAGAGAAUGAACUCUGGGGAGAAACCUUAUGAAUGCAAUCAGUGUGGAAUGACUUUCAUGUGCUCCUCCAGUCUUGAUGUACAUCAGAGAAUCCACACUGGAAUGAAAUCUUAUGAGUGUAACCAAUGUGGAAAGACAUUCCCUCGCACCUCCAAACUUGUUGUACAUCAGAGAAUCCACACCGGGGAGAAACCUUAUAAAUGCAAGCAAUGUGGAAAGGCAUUCAAUCAGAGGUCCAAUCUUGUUACACAUCAGAGAACCCAUCAGGGAGAAGUCUUGUGACUGCCAGUAGUGUGGGAAGACAUUUAGUUGUGCCUUCAAUCAUGCUAUAUGUGAAAACCACACUAGUGAGAAAAUUCAAAAAUGAAAACUGUGUGGAAAGGUGUUCAUAUUCAGCUCCAGUCUUACUAUGUUGUGGAGGAACUUUUCGUCCAUUUUGGGAGAGCAUUGUGGAAUUAGAAAUAUGCUUCCCUAAAAACUGAUUCCCAACAUACCAUUUAUCUUGUUUUUACAUGCUGGCAUAGACAGGAUAUAAUUUUGUUGGAGCCCUUACCUCUCACGCUUCUCUACCUGUCAGAGGAGCUGAGAACAUGGGGAUAUUUGAGCAGCUAGAAAAACUCAAGUUAUGUGGUUCUAUUUUAAAACUAAUUGAAUAUUGUGUGUUAAUCCAAAUCUCAUGUGUUUUAAAAUAAUCAACAAAUAGUAUAUAUAUAUCAGGAUACAGGCACUGAAUUUAAGGGUACUUUUGUUAAAUUUCAAUAUCUAGUGUUAUAGAACUUUAUUUACUAUUCAGAAAGGAAUGAAUUGACACUGCAGUGGAGUCUGCAGAACUCCAAAUUCAACUUUAGACUCAAGCUUCCUUAACCUCCCUAGUGUCACCGUCCACCCACAUUCCAUAGGUCACAUCUCUGUGAUCUCCCAUAUUGAGGUAGAGUUCUGCACUGAGUAUAGUGUGAAUCUUAAAACUGCCCAGACUCUACUUCAGAAGAUUUGAAUAAGCUUUUCCCUAUUUUUUACAAUGGAGGUACUUGUUCAGGAAUGUAUUGAGAACUUUAAAAUUACUCCACCCUGUUCAGACAGUGCAUUAGGGGAAGAUAAAGUUGCAAAUUCCUGAUUGAACAAUGAAAAGUCCCCAACUCAUACUUGUAGUGAAGCAAAAACCCUAAGUAGGGGAUCUAUUUCUAGAUCUAAUACAAAAGGGUGUGUUAAAGUUUAAUCACUGAUAGGUCAAGCAACUUACAAAAGGCAAGUUUAACAAAAGAGGUGUGAUGUUUUAGUUUACCCAGAGAAGGUGAGAACUAAAGAGUGGUGAGAAGUAAGAAUGGGCAGUCCAGGGAAAAAGCGUCCACUGUGAUUUGUAGAUGUGAAAAUUUAGGGGAGGUGACAUGAGAAAAUUUCUUUAAAAGGAGAAUUCAGUUCAGGUUAGUGGUAGUUCAGUUACGAAGUUGAAUUGGAGCUCUGAACUCAGUUCAGGAGUUGAGGAUUUCAGUGGAGGACUGGAGCUUGCUUGAGACUAUCUUGUGGUGAGUGAUAAAGACUGACUCGUGUUUCCUUAAGGCUCAGGCCUAGGCCCUUUCUACUAUUUUUUCUCUUCCCUUAAUUCCUUCAUUUAUAUUAAUUAAAAUCUCCAUAAAACUCAGCUGACUUGGGAAUUUUCAUAUUUGAGAAUUUUCCCAUGGUGACAACUUAACUUUAAUAUAAAUCAAGACACUAAAAAUUAUCUUUACAGUUUGGCUGAAUCCUUUACAGUUUUGGCAAUUGACAGCCUUGGAAAACCCACAUUUUUGUGAUUAUAAUAGUGUGGAGGAAUCUCAUUUAGACUGUGUUGUAGAGAGUGGGCAGGCCAAAAUGGUAAGGCUAUCUAUGGAGAUGAAUUUCUCCCUUGAAUUUGAGGAUAUUCUUGGUAAUUGAAAGGAUCAGUGCUGCUAGGAAUGAGUUAUUUGAGAUAAGUAAUUGGUUGCCCUUCCAUAGAGUUGACCAUUCUUGCAAUUCUAUUUCCUGUCUGUACUUUGGAGGAGUAACCUUCCUUGCCCUCCCAUCUAUUGGUAAAAUGCCAGAGGCUUAGUGUUUCCAGGUAGCUGCUUUCAGGCCACAUGGCUAGGGGCAAAAAUAAGGUUUAAAUGGCUACUAUGCUUGAAACCACAUGGAGGCUUGAAAAGAGUAGACUACAGAGAGCAAAAUAGGGCUAAAAUCUGUUAAUUUUGCCUCAGUAAUCAACACCAUCUGAUAACAAAAGUUUAACUCUUCCUUCAAUUUUCUGGAAUUUUAAUCUGGAGAUAGAAUCUUGUUAGGGUAUCUGGGUUGCUUCCCACCAAAGUGAAAGAAGCCAGGAGGGUUAGAAUCCAAUUGUUGCUAAAACACACAUAUACACUUGGCUUAAGGGCUCACAGUGAACAAUGGCUGUCCAGCCACUGACAAUGUAAAGGAAAGGGAUUUCUACUUUCCCAGCUUCAAGAGACCAGCACCAAGGACUUCCAGCUUAUAGCAGCAGCGAUAGUAACAGCAGCAGUAAGAACAGCAGCAGGAGGAACACCCAAGUAGUGAGGGAGGGAGGGAGGAGAAGGCAACAUCAGCAAAGCCCAGAAAACUGGCACAAGGCCUUGGCAGAGGAAACAUGCUUUCUUUUCAAACUAAUCUAGUUAGAAUGAAGAAUUCUGGACCCUAUUUCUGUGGUCACCAUAAAUGUAAGAUUUAGAUUAAUAUCCAAUGCCUGAAUUAUAUUUUUACAAAGUUUAUUAUCCAAUAGUAGGACUGUAAAACUCAAAAUUCCUUAGACUUAUAAAUGUUGGAAAUUUCACCAUUGGGAUAUUUCAUACUUGGAAAAUUUCUUACUGAUAGUCUAUUGGAAUGGGAGCCCCAUUGGCAUGGGAGGUUCCUUCUCUUCCCUUCUUCAGAUUACUUUAGGACAGAAACCUUUUGCUGAACAAUGGAAAGGAAUUUGACCUAUGCUUAAGCAUAGAACAGGAAUUUCUUUGAGUCAUGAUUGAUUUUAGAAUUGAUACAAUGGAGAUACUUGGAAUCAAUCUCCACCCUAUUCAGUCCUAACAGGAUUUGAGUAAGGGCUGCAGCCUAGAUCAAAAUUUAAUUAUUCCAAUCUCUACCCUACUCAGGUUAACAGGAUUUAGAAAGGGCUGUAGCAAAGGAGCAAAGAUUUAAUCAUUUGAAAAUAUGACCUUCAACAGACAUGUGCAAAGCCUCUGGGCGGUCCUGGGUUAAGCUAGAGCCUCCAUUGGCACAGGGAAAUUGAUGGACAGUGAUUGGUAAAUAUGAGAACUGAGGGAAGGCAACUUGGAUGGUUUCCUUAAAGAUCAGGGGGUCUGAAGACUCGAAAUGGUUGAGGAGUUGGUCGGAGUGGUGGCAGUGUACUCUGAGAAGCUUGCUCUGAAGGAAGCUGAAGGUGGAGGCCCCUGAGACUGUUUCUCCAUUUUGGUCACCUGAGUAAUAGGGACUGAUCUCUUUUGUUUGCCCCAGCUAUCUAAAGGCUUGGGCCUUUUGGCCCAGCCUAAACAGAAGGGGUAUUUAAGCCCUAUUCCCUUCUCUCCCUUUUUCUCUCUCUCUAUCUCUAAUUCCUUUCUUCCUCCUAUUGUAAUUAAACUCCAUAAAAGGUUGACUGCUGACUUGAGUUUUUCAUUUAGGAAUUACAUAGCUGAAUUCCUUCGGGACCUUAAAUUAAUAUAUAUCAGUCUUUUAAAGUGAUUCCCUUGUAACAGGACUAUGUGACUAAGUCGUAUUAAAAUUAAAUCUUAAUAAUAAAAAUAUAUUUUAAGGAUUUAUUUGUGAUCAUUAGAAAUCAAGGAAUAAAGAGGAUACAAAAUAAAGACCACUUGUGAAUGGCUGAUCAGCCAUUUCAAAACCCUUGCCUCACCACUGCGACCAUAUUCACUGCUUCCUCUGGAAGUGGAAUGGAGACUUGGAGGAGAUGUGACCAAGAAUCUUGAUCAUUCUGGUGGAAGUGUAUAGUAAGCUGAAGAGUUCCAAAUGAGAGAUGCUCUCUCUUGGGAGCCAUCUAGGAGUAUGAUGCCCUGGAAUCAAUUUCCCAGCUCCUUCGGUAUGUGUUCAUCAUAGCCCAUCCAUUCACAUUUUUACAAAUGUGGGAGGUCGGGAUUAUAAUUGUACUUCAUUUCAGCUACUAAAAUUGACCCUUUACACCUCAUUACAAAUAACUCACAGACAGGCAAAAUUGUCAUAAUUGUUCAAAGAAAAAAUCUUAAAUUCAUGCUUGAAGACCCCCUAAAAUCAAUUUGACAUAUUUAGCUCAUUAAAUUUUCCAAAGGGUGUUAUAUAAUUGUAACCAGUUUUGGUGAAGUCCAUCUAUCACCUAUGCGACAAUUAACAAUAAAAAGCUGUUUUUUUUUUUU